UCUCGCGCCUUCUCUCCCUCGUCCGAACGAACCCACGGAGAAGGGGGGAGAGAGAGAGGGUGGGGAUCGGGAGAUGGCGCAAGCUAUGGCUUCCAUGGCUGGCUUACGCGGCUCCUCGCAGGCACUACUGGAAGGAAGCCUCCAGCUCAGCGGCUCGGGCCGGCUGGCCAUGCCGGGAAACAACCGGGUUCCCUUGGGCCGGGUUGGCCUGACGGUUUGGGCCCAGCAGGGGCCGGCGGAGGGCGAUGGCGUGGCUCAGAGCGGGCGCCGAGCCGUGCUGGGGCUCGCGGCCGCCGGCAUGGCCGGCGGGGCCUUCGUCAAGGCCGUGCUCGCCGAGGCCAAGUCUAUCAAGGUCGGCCCACCUCCCCCACCCUCCGGUGGGCUCCCUGGGACCCUAAAUUCGGACGAACCAAGAGACCUCGACCUUCCUCUGAAGAAGAGAUUCUACCUGCAACCACUUCCUCCAGCAGAAGCUGCAGCUAGGGCGAAGGAGUCGGCAAAGGACAUUGUGAAUCUAAAAGAAUUAAUAGACAAGAAGCAAUGGCCUUACGUUCAAAAUGACCUUCGCCUCAAGGCCUCUUACCUCCGGUAUGACCUCAAUACUGUUAUCGAUGCAAAGCCAAAAGAAGAGAAGAAACCCCUCAAGGAGCUUGCUGGGAAGCUCUUUGCCACAAUUGAUGAGCUUGAUCAUGCAGCAAAGAUCAAGAGCACACCAGAAGCCGAGAAAUACUAUGCGGCGACCAAAUCUGCCCUUGAUGAUGUCCUUGCCAAAAUAGGCUAGAGGAAAGUUUCCCUUCAUUCUUUGUUAAUAUCAAACUGGUCCUGGACGCGAUUCCUAGCAAAUGAGCAUUCCCAAUGUUGUGUUUGUCUUUGAGAUUUUGUAGUUCCAACAAAAGAGUAAAGGGUGUGGACUGGAAUAUCAUUUUUUCUUUUCUUGCUGAGAUGCGACCUCAUAUCAUCACCUCAGGUUAAAGAACAAUGGGAUCGAUCGAUCACAAUUACUUUUA